UGCCCUCUUUACUGUUCCUUUAUACUUUUUUAAAGUUUUAUUUUACUGUAUGAAGUACAACUUCCUGAAGUACGGAGAACAAAGUGGGGGGGAGCUGAUCUGAGCAAAGGGGACUGACCUAAACAGAGAAAGUGAAAGGAAAGACUCUUCUGAACUGUUUUUGAUCCGUUGGCUGUUUUUUUAAAACGCUUUAAACACUACCAUUACAAUUACACACAGUAUAUUUGACAACUUUAAUUAUACCUGGAUCUGCCUCUGCAAUGAGCUCUGAAAAGAUUCCUGAUGCUGGACAAGAGGACAACUUUCAAGUACCCCUCAGGAUCAUGCUUCUUGGAAAGAGUGGAGCAGGAAAAAGCUCAAGUGGGAACACAAUCCUCAACAAAACAUUGUUUAAAUCUGACAUGAGGCUGAAGAGAGUCACCGUCUACUCUGAGAAAGAAGCUGGGAUGGUUGACGAUAAGCCUGUCGAAGUCAUCGACACACCUGGGCUUUUUCAGAAAGACCGGAACAAGGAGGAAAUUAUUCGAGAAAUCCUUAACCGUGUGAAGCUCUAUGAGCCAGGCCCUCAUGUCUUUGUGUUUGUGGUUCCUUUAGGAAGGAUGACACAAGAAGACAAAGAUACCAACACACUGAUUGAAGCAAAGUUUGGCCCCAGCGUGUGGGACUAUACCAUAGUGCUGUUCACGCACGGGGAUCGUCUGGAGGGAAAAACAAUAAAUGAUGUCAUAACUCAGAGUGAUGACGACCUUCGCAACUUCAUACGCAAGUGCAGCGGUGGCUUCCACGUCUUCAACAACAAAAAUUCAGAAGAUCAGUCGCAAGUGACGCAGUUCAUGGAAAAGAUUGAAACCCUGGUGGCCCUGAACGGAGGACGUUACUAUCGCACGGAGCUUUAUCCCAAACAGGAGAGAGAGAUCAGAGCAAGACAGGAGAGCAUCCUGGAAGAGAGAAGCAAUGCCAUAAGCAACAAAGAAGAUGACUACAAGGAACACUAUCAAGAAGAAGAGCUUAAGAUGAAGAUAAAGGAGCUGUGGAGAAAAGAGGAGGAGGAUGCAAGAAAAGCUGCAGAGAAGCAGAUCAGUAAUAACAAGGUUCUGAGAGGCAUCUUGUUUCUGGUGUUUGUGGGUCUUCUGGCAGGCUGGGCUCUAACAAGUCCAGGUAAAGAACUGUUAGCAGUGACAUGCAUUUGGAUUGGGAUGUUCUUGUGGAUGUUUCAAACUUUGCCAAGCUUAAUUCCAUGGCAUUUAAAAGCAAACUGAACAAGAGUGUCACUAAUCUGAUAUGAUACGUAUUAUCUUACUGUUAUAACAAGUUUUUUUUUGGUUUGUGGUGAAUGUAAUGGGUGUCUUAAUUGUCUAAAAAUGGUAAGAAUCAUAAAGAUAUCUGGCAUAUAUUUUGCUCAGUCAUGAGGACUUAUUCGCGAUCAUGUGACAGUGGCAUGAAGUUGAAUUGUCAAUUAAUCCAGAUUUUGUCAUUCUA